GUGGUGCCAAUUCAACGCCGACACUUCCGCAAACCGCCUUGGCUUUACGAAGUAGAUGUCCCCAACCUGAAACGACCUCUGUGCCGCGACGCUUCCUGGGCUGUGCUUGGCCCCGUGGAUUUCCCUUCUAGGCCGUUCAGCACCCUUGUAAGCCGCCGCUGGAGGAACCUGACGUAACUGGCCGCGUGAGCUUUGCGGCGGAGCUUCUGUGAAAGGCAGACUUCGGCGGCUUCAAAGGGCACUUUCCGCUUUGCGUUCACUCCGCUUGCUGAUCCAUUACUGGCAGGUUCUGUUACGGCGCUAUUAUACAGAACUGCUGUUGUCGUAAUUAAUCCGUCUUGAAUUUACAUUGCCUUCCACGAUCCAAGUUUUAAUAAUGCAUGGGGCAUCUGUGGGCGACUGACACUGCUUCCUUAUUCAACUGCGAGCUCGCCCUGUCUUGACAUCUUUUUGAGUUAGUGCUUGAGACACAGCAGCCUUGGCAGCUGCAGCGAGCAUAAUGUCGAUACGCAUCAUCCUGGACAGCCCGCCCGAGUUCUACACCAACUUGGACACCAUCCGGGGCCAGGUGGUGCUCACGCUGGUCCGCGACGAGCAUGUCGGCACCAUCACGGUCAAGCUCGAGGGCGAGUCGAGGACGGCGCUUGGCAUCCCGCCCGAGAACCCCGGCUUGGGCAUCGCUAGGGAGCGCAGGUCCGCCGGAGACACGGUGCACGAGAACCACAAGAUCCUGUACAAAGUCGCCCAGGUCUUCCCCGAAGAGAACGGGGGCGCGGCCCAGCCGCCCUUUGUCCUCAACCGGGGACAGCACCAUUUCCCCUUCCAGUUCCGCUUCCCGUUCAACAACGCGUGCAGCAACUCGGAAGCCAUGGCGCGGAUCGGCGGCGUGAUGGGCGCCGGCGGCAUCUUUGGCAUGGGCUUCCGCGUCAUGGACGGCACCAAGCAGCUGAUGUACUCGCACGUCACCAAGACGCUGCCCCCCAGCUUCACGGGCUUCCCGGGCGAGGCGGAGAUCCGCUACUUCGUUAAAGUCACCGUGCAGCGGCCCGGCCUGCUCCGGGAGAACUGGCGAUACCAGAUGGGUCUGAAGUUCCUGCCCAUCGAGCCGCCCCGGCCCGAGAAGACAAACCAGGAAGCAUACGCUCGUCGUCCGUACGCCUUCCACACGAAGAGUCCCAGUCCCACGCCACCGCCGCUGGCCCAGAAGAAGCGGUCCUCCUUCUUUGGCCGAUCCAGCAGCGCGCCAUCAACACCGGUGAACGGCCCCCCGUCGCCAGCCGGCUCGGCAACCCCUCCGUCGGUCGAGAUGUCGGCGCGGCUGCCGCACCCAGCCAUUCUCACGUGCAACAAACCGAUACCUCUGCGUCUAAUAGCCAAGAAGCUGGUGCCAUCACACGCGGAAGUGUACCUAAUAGCCCUGCAGAUCGAGCUCGUAGGCAAUACCACUGUCCGCUGUCAGAACCUCGUGAACACCGAGGUCAGCCGCUGGGUGAUAGUGGCUCGCCACGGCCUCUCCGUUCCCCUGUCGAAGCCGGAAGACGCCGUCGGGACCGAGAUGGUCGUGCCCGAUACGCUGUGGAAUAGCUUCCCGCUGCCCAACACCGUCAUGCCGACCUUCGUGACAUGUAACCUCAGCCGCGACUACCAACUCGAAGUCAAGCUGGGCCUCUGCUGGGGCAAGCCCGCGGGCCCGGCCACGGCGAGCACCUCCUUCCGCGGCGGCCGCGGCAGACCGCCACCACCAUCCCGAGACCCCUCCGACCUGCCACAGGAGCUGCACCUCCCGCUGCACUUCAGCACCGUCCAGGUCUACUCGGGCCUCACCCCGCCGCCCGCCCUGGUGGAAGCGAUGCGCCAGGGCCGAGGCCGCCGGGUUUCCUCCUCAACACGCCCCAGACCACAGCAGCAGCAACAACAACAAUCACAACAACAAAGGCCGCCCCCGUCUCCAUCAUCUCCGUUAUCAGCAGAAACACACCACCACCAACAAGCAGCAGCAGCAGCACCGGCGUUACCACCGCGGCCGGCUGCCCAACAACAACAGCAGCAGCAAGCUGCGCCGCCCUAUGACGAUGCCCCGCCCACAUACGAGGAGGCCAUGGCCGAGGAGAUGACGGGGCCCGUGUUCCCGCCGGGCGCGGCGCGGCCUGCGUAUAGCGGGGUGACGGACACGGAUGAGACUAGCCUCCCGCCGGAGAAGGGGUAGGGUAGGUUAGGUGUUGAUAAUGGGAAAAAGAAGGGGGAGCUCUGGGGUAAAGAAUAAGAAAAUGAAAAGGGAAAAGGGAAAGGG